UUCAACUUUCAAACACGGCAGACCUCAAUUGAUACGCGUGGACAGGAUUGGACGGCCAAUUGAGCACAUCAUGAACACGUUGUCUAUUCGCGCUUUCAUUCCUCCUCUAAGGCGACGAUGUGCCCCGCCGUCGCUCCAUGCCAUUCGCCGCUAUGCAGUGCAGGCUCCCGGAGCUCCAACCAUGGAAAUUUUCAGUCAACAGCAUAAGUGGAUGCAAAAGGAACGUGCAGCAGCAGAUGUGGAAACGAGUAGGAACGUGGACUAUCUCAGAGACGAGGUUGCCUCGCGAUUAUGCGAACGAUUAUUGGACAUAAAUCGUCACUUCCCGCGCGUCUUGGACCUUGGUGCAAAUGCAUGUAACCUGGCCCGCAUGCUUACCCUCCCGUCUCCAGAGACUCCCGAUGCCGGCCCUCGGUCAAGUCGCAUCGGCAAGCUGAUAGCAGCGGACUCGUCGGAAACGCUGCUUUACCGUGAUGCAGACCUUCCCUUCAACAAGGAGAUUGAUAUCCAGCGCGAGGUCCUGCCGGCAUCGGAGACUCUUUCAUACGAAGCGAACUCCUUCGAUGCCGUUCUGAGUAGUAUGAGCAUGCAUUGGAUAAACGAUCUACCCUCCAUCCUUGCUCAGGUCAACAACGCACUCAAGCCUGAUUGUCCAUUCAUUGGUGUCAUGAUGGGUGGAGACUCUCUCUUUGAAUUGCGAACAUCACUACAGCUUGCGGAACUUGAUAGGAGAGGUGGUGUAUCUACCCAUACAUCUCCAUUGGCAGACGUCCGCGACAUCGGCGGCCUUUUGCAGCGUGCCGGUUUCAAUCUUUUGACUGUCGAUGUUGAUGACAUUGUGGUCGACUUUCCCGAUUCAUUUGCUCUGAUGAAGGACUUGCAAGCAAUGGGUGAGUCGAAUGCAGUAAUUGCACGCGAGAAGGGCGGCAUACAUAAGGAUGUUUUGCUCGCUGCGGAAGGUAUCUAUAGAGAGUUGCAUGGGAACGAGGAUGGUACUCUACCAGCAACCUUCCGAUUAAUCUACAUGAUUGGCUGGAAACAGGGCCCCAACCAGGCAAAACCCCUCGAACGCGGCACCGGAAUGUUCAGCAUUAAGGAUUAUUUGGAAAAGGAUGGUAAAGAUGGUGGCGAUAAAUAAUUCAAUGGAUGCCUUAAAGUCUAUACUGUGUAGACAUG